UGAUAUAAAAACUUUUAAACUUUAACUAUUAGACUAUGGUGCUUCUACAGUCAAUUAUAUUUUAACGGGAUUAUUUUUUACAGACAAAACUUCUAUCUAACAAAACCUAUAAUUUUUAAUUUUUAUACAUGAGUUAUAGAUUUCAUAUGUUUCGUACAUAAUUAAUAUUUAAAUUUGGGUAUAUAAUUUUGUUUUCUCAUUAGGCCCAUGCCAAAAACACCCGCCUCAUAACUUAGGUAACGGAGGUCGAACCGUACCUUCUUCACGUUACGGGCCUAGUGGGCUUCAACCCAGUGGACAUAAUCUCGCGGGAAGGAAACGACAUAACUUGGCGCGAAGCACCGUGCCUCUUCCUUUCUCUCUCUCUCCUCUCUCUCCCCUCCAUAACUAACCUCGCCGGAGCAAUGACUGCACCGGGAUCUUCUAAAUCAAUUCCGUUCAAAUCGAAGAAGCAGCUAUUCCAUCCGCCGUCAACCGUAAACCCUAAUUCAUCAUCCCUACCUCUACCCACGCCGGAGAAACCGCCGGAGAACAACCUCACCAGAUCCAAAAACCAAUCCACUUUGAUUCUUAUACAGAGGACAAGAAAGCUGUGGAUAUGACAGGUGUUGAUGAAGGCAUUGAUCAAGUACCAGUGGAAGAUAAUGAUGAUAUCCUCAGCAUACUUCCUGAUGAACUUAGACAAUCGGUAUUACAUUUUGCUUGUUAGCAGUUUGAGAUUAAGAUAUUGGCUUUUCGCUUAUUGGGAGAUGGAUAACUAAUCUUGUUUUUGCUCAUCUCUGAUAUUACCGACAGAUCAAGUAAGCACCUCAACCAAAUAUUUUCUUUACAAGCGUUUUUGAAAAUGUCCUAACCGUUUGUUUUUGUUCACUUACACUUCUACAGAAGAAGUUGAAGAACAACUUGUUUUAAUGCAAGAGCUUGUCCCGGAAUGGAUUUUUGAGAAAAGAUCAACAAGUGGAGAUUUACUAGUAUGGUGAGUUUUACAUCGUAUGCACAUACUUACAGUUUAUAUACUUGUUUCGAGUUACUUAUUUAAAUAUCUCUUUAUAAAUUAUAUGCAGCAUAAAUAAAUUGGCAUCUCCGCAAACAGUCCGAUCUCAACUAGAAGAAGAGAACAAGAAAGCUGUGGCUACAUCUUACCCUUGAGAUUAUUUUUAGGAACAACUUAGAUCAUGAAGUUCAAGUAUGCGUUCAAGUUAAACGCUAAACGAGUCAAGCAGAAACCAUUUGAGUCUUUCUAGAUUUGGGCUGUAUGUAAACGGAGUGGCUCCAUUAUCAAUUAGUUCAAGUCUUUUAAAGCCAUCUCCCAGUACAUCAUUUUAGAAGAACAAUUUAUCCAAUCAACCCUAUAUUUUUCCAAAGUUUAAAUUUGGUGAAGCAUAGCUAUAAAAUUUCUUCAGUUGAUUACAAACAUAAAAUUCAACAAUAAAAACAUAUAAUAUAGAAAAUACUUUUGACAGUGAAAAUGAUAUAUAUCUAAGAUGGUCAACCAACUUGAUUUUUGUAUCGAGAUUAGAGAAAUAGGUUGCAUGUCGUUUAUGGUGAAACGGCUGAGGGAUUAUUGUUUUAACGCGAUAAUUUGUAACAGUAUUCAUGCAAAAAUAUUUCAAGUUUUAUAAAAUCGGAGUUGUUGACUGCAAAUAAGAAACAUAACAUAUAUAUAUAUAUCUGAAAUUGGAACUUAUAUUACUUUUCUCUUCCACGGGAAUUUUUAUAUCACUUGAGUUCUAGAUUAGCAAAUAAUACAAGCUAUCAUCACUAUUAACAACUAGAGGCCGGUCAUCUUUAUUGACUAUACUCAUCUUAUUCGUUACAAAGCUCCACUUUACUUUGUCCAAUGCCAUCACUACACAUGAUCAACAUAAUGCAGUUAAUAAUCUGUCAUAUAUAUUAAAUAAGUGAAAUACAAACAAAACAUGAAAUUAGAAAAGAGGGUCAUGCUAAUACAGUAAUACAUACAAAAUAAAUGGAGGAUAUCACUUGGAAAACGAAGUUUUAAAUUUUGAGGGUCAAUGAGCCCCAAGGCCCCAAAGCAAACAAAUGUCAGAAGAAGAAAGGAGGAGAAGAAGAAAUGGAACUUGUAUAGAGAGAGACUGAGUGAGAUUUCUUUUUUUCUUUAUAAGGACUAUAAUCAUUAGAUUCCUUAGAUCUUGUAUGGACCACAACUAGUUCCAUCAUACAUUCCUUAAGAGCACCUUUAUCCCAGUUUCUAUAAGGGGUUCUAUACAUUAAUGAUGUAUUUAUUUAAAUAAAAAGAAAUUAAAUUGGAUGUAAUCGAUCCUUAAUGGAGGAUUUUCGGAACCGAUUAUGGAAUGGUUUCUAUGGGCACGUGUCGGCUAAAGAAGAGAGGAGGAGUAAUUAAAGUUUUUUUUUCCUUUGUCUCUUUCUUCUCUUCUCUUCUCCGCUUCUCUCUUCUCUGUUCUCUGUUCUCUCUUCUCUCUUGUUCUUCAGAGGAGACGACGAGUUUGAUUCGUCACGAAGCCAAUGCCAUCCUCCGCAUGCAAUCUCAUCACCUUCUUCUUUAUCUACUCUGUCACCCCAAACUCGAUCUCUAAUCUCCUUCUCCAGCUUCACUCCCAAAACUCAAGUUUUCUCCAGAAUCAGAACCAGAACCAGAAUCCCUUAUCUUCCUUCUUCUGUGUUUGCUUCCCAUCGACCCCGCAAUAUCAUCAACGUGGGUUUGUUCAGGGGAUCGUGACGUGUUUGUGGAUCUUGAUGCCUUUGUCAGGUAAAGAUUCAUGUUUUAGUCUUGUUGGAGGCGUAAUUAGGAGCGGAUUGUUUUGUUGAUGAAUUAACUGAUUUAGUCUUGUGGGAGGUUUAAAUUGAGUUUAUCUAGUGAACGAUCUCUGCUAAUUAACUCAUUUAGUCUUGUGGGAGGCUAGCAUCAAGUUAAGAGCUUUGUGUAAUGAGUUGAUCUAGUGAAUGAUCUCUGGUUGUUCUGUUUUGCUCAGCUAGUCGUAUGUGUGUUUGCAUAAUACAAUAGGAUAGUGUCUUCAAGCUCUUAUUAGAUCUCUGCCUUUAACUUAACCUUAAUACAAUAGAUUCAUCUUCAAGCUUUGCAUAAUACAGUAGCAUUAUUCAUUAUGUUUACUAAUUCUUUUUAAUUUCUUCAUCUUUUGCGAGUCCUCUAUUGGUAGUUGCGCUUGCUGUGGCACAGGCUUUUCCCAUCAGCUGUCUUGGAGAAGCAACCAUUACUGGCGCCUCACGGUGAGGUAACAAGACAGAAGACGAGUGGGAGUCAUGUUUGAUCACGAGUGUGCUGAGCGCUGUGAAGUCAUGUUUGAGUCAGAGACUGAGCGCUUUGAAGUCAUGUGUGAUCACGAGUGUUGUUUGAUUGUGUCAUGUAUUGGUUGUAUGUGUCACGGAAAGGGAAUGGUCUUUGUCUUUUUGUCUGAUCACUAGUGUCUUUUUGUAAAGUCACGGACUAAUGUUUUGUCAUCAGACUGUCUUUUAUGUUUUGUAAGUUUAUGUCACAGACUUGUAAUCAGCUUCUCUCUUAAAUUUAAGUCCUAUAAAGGCUCGAUGGCAUUGGCUUUCAUCUUUGUACCACUUCUCUCUUUCAUCUUUCAUCUUUGUAUCACUUCUCUCCUUGUUAUUUCAUUUUUCACGAUCACCUUCUCUCUUAUGUUUAAGUCUUGUUAACCACAACAACAAAGUAAACCACAUCAAAGUUAUUCUCCUUCUUAUUCUCCAACAAAUCAAAUCUUAUUCACAACAUCUAAACACAUGGCUUCUUCUUCACAAAACUCAUUUGAGGGAUCACUUGAUGAGGAAUUUGAUCAAUAUUUUGAUGAAGCUUUUGAUCAACUUUUUGAUGAAACAAUCGAGAAUAUGGCUAUUCAAUACAGUGGUCAAGAAGAUGAGAGAAAAGAAAGGAAAAAACGAGUUUAUAUCGAAAGAAAUCGAGAAGCCGGUCAUAUACGAUUAUGGAAUGAUUAUUUCAGUGAGACUCCGACGUAUCCUGAAAAUUUAUUCCGACGACGUUUUAGAAUGAACAAGCCAUUGUUCAUGCACAUUGUUGAACGACUUUCCAACGAAGUUCAAUUCUUUCGCCAAAAGAAAGAUGGUCUUGGAAGGCUUGGUCUCUCUGCCCUCCAAAAGUGUACAGCAGCCAUUCGUGUCUUGGCUUAUGGUACUGCAGCUGAUGCGGUCGAUGAAUAUCUCCGGCUCGGGGAAACAACAACUCGGGCAUGUGUGGAAAAAUUUGUGGAAGGAAUAAUCAAUUUAUUCGGUGAGGAGUAUCUAAGAAAACCAACACCGGCUGAUCUUCAACGUCUACUUGAUAAUGGAGAGUAUCAUGGAUUUUCCGGGAUGAUAGGAAGCAUCGAUUGUAUGCAUUGGGAGUGGAAGAAUUGUCCCACCGCUUGGAAAGGGCAAUAUUCGCGUGGUUCGGGUAAACCAACAAUCGUUUUAGAGGCCGUGGCUUCAUCUGAUCUCUGGAUAUGGCAUGCGUUUUUUGGUCCUCCAGGUACCUUAAAUGAUAUUAAUGUUCUUGACCGCUCACCUGUUUUUGAUGACAUAAUAAAUGGUCAAGCUCCGCAAGUCACUUACUCUGUCAAUGGAAGAGAGUAUCAUAUGGCUUACUAUCUGACCGAUGGUAUUUAUCCCAAAUGGGCGACUUUUAUCCAAUCUAUUCCACUACCACAAGGACCGAAAGCAGUUUUAUUUGCUCAACGUCAAGAAGCUGUCCGAAAAGAUGUGGAGCGUGCUUUUGGAGUCUUGCAAGCUCGCUUUGCCAUUAUCAAAAAUCCGGCACUUUUUUGGGAUAAAGUCAAAAUUGGGAAGAUUAUGAGAGUAUGUAUCAUACUCCAUAAUAUGAUAGUAGAAGAUGAGCGGGAUGGAUACACACAAUUUCAUGUUUCUGAGUUUCUACAGAGAGAAGACACCGGAAGUUCACGUGUCGAUCUCGAUUUUUCUCAAGAUAUGCCUACAAAUAUCGCCAAUAGGAUGGGUGCUCGAACUAGAAUUCGCGAUAGAAAGAUGCAUCAACAACUAAAAGCGGAUUUGGUUGAACAUAUUUGGCAUAAAUUUGGACGUGAUGCAGACUACUGAGCUCGUUGAGCUCGUUUCAAAUUAUUUUAUAAUCUACUCUUUGUUUUUAUGUUUUUUUUAAAUAUAUGUUAAAAUUGUUAUCUUUCAAUAUGUUUUAUUUAAUAAAUCAAUUUUAUUUUAAAAAAAAUUAUAAUUUUUUUUUAAGAACCCUUAAUUAAGAAACCCCCAUUGCAG